GGUUCAGUACCUCGCCGAUUUCAUUUGUUUGGUUAUGGUGGUGAUGAAGACAAUGGGAUCUACUUCUUUGAUGACGGGAGUGACAGUGAUUAUGGUGGUAGUAGUGACAAUGAGGAUGAAGAUGAUAGUAAUAUGGAAGAAGAUGAAGAUGAUUUCUUCGAUGAUAUGGAUGAUGACGACAACAAUGAUGACACUGAUGAUGAUGAUGGGUUUGAGGAUUUAGAUAUCCACGAGUAUAGAAAUCCUGAUGAGUUUUUUGACACUGUAGGGGACUCUGAUUUUGACAAUUCCUCUGAUAAUGACCAAGAUGCUCCUAGCAGUUCACACUAUGACAAUGAUGACUUGAAUGACAAUGACACUGAUGAAUGA